AUGUUAAUCCCAAAUAAAAGUAUUACAGAGUAUUUGCAGGGACAAGGUAUCAAACCCAGUUGUCUUGAGCUAUUUGGCAUUCCUGUGGAGUACGCUAAGUUAGCCAAGUAUGUGUACGAUGAUGACACCAAGAAUGACAUCAAGCUUGAGGAGGCUACAGAACCUUCGAACAAAGAAACAAAGUACACCAUUCUGGAUGAUAUACUAGAAGAGCUGAAGAAAGCCCAGUUCAAUGAGCCCGUUCUUUUUCCAAGCGAAACUGGUCUUUCGAGUGAAUUCGAACCCUUGUUUGAGGAUGACAGCGAUCCAGCAUUGCAACAGUCCUACAUGGUGGAGACAGACUAUGAGACGUCGUUCUUCAGCAGACAGGAACCAGACACCCAGAUAAUUGAUUUUUCUACGGAUUCAAUUCAACAGAGCUGA